AUGAAGCUGGUUGUUAGACAGUGGUACAAAACCUUGUUGUUCAUGGGGAGAGAGUACCCUGAACAGUCCGGAGGUUAUAAGAAAUUUCGAGUUGUACUUAAAAAGCACUUUCAAAGCACCCCAGCUGAUACUGAGGUACAGUUCCAGAAGGCCAUUGAAAAGGCAGAGUAUGCAGAAAAAGUGCAAAUUAUAGAAUUAGAAGCAUUGUACUUUUUGAAGCGUUACAGACACCUUAAGAGAAAGUAUUACCAGUAA